UUGGGAUGGUAAAUUGCAAGAGAUGGUGAAAUUAGUAGAAAAGUUGCGGAUUUUUAAUGGGGAAGUAAGUGAAUGUCUAUAUAUUUUUAACAAAUAUCCGAAUUUCUUGUGUGAGGAAAGUUUUCAAAGAUUAGGAAUUCAGGAAUUUAUUAGUUAGACUUUCGUAUUGCGUGUACGGGAGUGAAAAUAAAUAAAAAAAUUAAGUGUAUGUACAUGCGUAUUUGUGCAAAUAAUCUGACCUAUGAAGGACAGACAAGUUCUCUUCUGUUUUCACUUGUUUCUCGACUAGCCAGCCCUAAUCACCACAUCGUCCUUUCUCGCCGUUGCAAUUUUGCGCAGCGUUCUCUCCCGAACCAAUGAAUCAUGUUUAAACAAAAAAUUAACUCGUUUUUUCUUUUGUGCACUUCUUUGGUGAAAUUUAUGUAGUAUAGCUUAAUAAAUUGAUUACCAAACUGGGACCAUCUUUAAUUUAAAAGCAAAAAGUUAACGAAAAUCAUGACAGAAACCCAUUUAUAACACCUAGAAAUUUGAAUGUUGCAGUCGGGCAUUUGCACCAAGAUGGAAACUUCAAAACGGGGCCUAGGAAAAUUGCUAUUUUGAUAAAUUUUCAUUUGUUUUUCCAAAAAAUUUUAUAACAAAAUAUUAAUAUUUUUUUCUAGUAAUUUAUCGCAUAUUCGUAUGGAGAAUGUUAACAAUGAUUCAGAAUUUUUUACUUCUGGGGAAUUAAAUGCACCAGAAUAUGUUGCCGAUUUUUUACGUUCUGUUCGCCCUGGAGAAGAGGCUAAAAAACUUCAUAAUUUACGUCAAUCUCUUACAGCCCGAUCAAACAAUGCGGCAGACCAGAUAAAAGAUAUCGUGUUUGAUCACUAUAAACAAUUUAUUGAUACAUCUAAGGAGAUCUCAAAAUUGGAAAAGGAAAUUUACCAGCUCUCGACACUGUUAACUGAUCAACGACAUUUAUUGGAAGGACUAAUGGAAAUGACUGGACUUGAGAAGCGUUCAUCUUGCAGUGCAUCACUUACUACUAGUUCAGGCUUAAGUAGUCAACAAACACAUCAACUGCAGAUAUUAAUGAAUCGGAUGGAUGACAUUGCACCUAUUUUAAACUCGGCUGGCGAGCAGGAGCGUAUUCUCUUGCAAGGACAACUUCAGUUAUUGGACUCUGAAACGUUCAAACCAAAACAUACUGUUUAUGCAGUUCUUCUUAGUAACAAUUUACUAAUUGGACAUCCAAAUCCAGACAGUGGAACUGGUCAGCAAAAACAUCCAUUCCAUUUGGCAGCUAACUACAGCCUGGAUUCACUUGCUUUAAUAAAUGUUAAAAGGACACCCUCAAACUUUGAUGAGUCAUCCGAAAACAUUGUCCAGCUACUGGUUUUUCCUGAAUAUUUGUACUUGCGUUGUGAAAAUGCCCGAGUUAAACGUGAUUGGCUUGAAUCUGUUGAGGAAACGAAGCGAAAACAACACGAAGAACGGGCACUUGUUAGACAGGCAACGAUACGAGCUCGGCGUCGAAGCAUUCUUAACACAAUUGCUACACGUGCAUCAACAUCUGAUAAUAUUCGAAAUAAGAAAAGUCAUAAUCUUCAUGAAAAAAUUGAUGAAGAAGAUGAAAUUGAGGAAGGAAAGCAAAGUGAACUUGGAAGACGAAGGCGGAUGUCAAUAGAAGAUUCAGUUUGGCUAAAUGAUCUAAUUAAUGAACUUCAAGAUGUAAUUUCGCACAGGCAUAUGGAAGAGGCAGUUGAAAUGUUGAUGGAAUGGAAAAGCUGCUCAUAUAGCGAUGCUGCUCUUAACACCAGAUUUGCGGCAAUUGAAAAACAAGUAGUUCAAAUUCUAACAGAUGACUUGAAGCGAUUUAGUUCUGUUUAUGGUGGUUCUAAGGUAUUAGCGCAGCCACUUCAACAACUUAUCGCACUUGGUCGUUCUACUUAUGCUAUUGAGUUAUAUCUAAAGAAACGAAGCGCUGUUCUCAGGACCGCUGCACGAGAACUCAUAAUAAGCGAAGAACCACUAUCGUAUGUUCGGCAAGUAUCCGGUCUGUUUAUUAAUGACAUAGUCGAGGUAUGUACUGAACUAUCCAUUUAUCCAAAACAGCUUUGUUUAAUUAUUGCUUGGUCUUCUCGUGAGUUGGGAAUCUUACUUUCACUUAUUAGAAAAAAUGUGAUUGAAGUGGCACCUACGAUGGCUGUUUUAACAAACACUUGGCGCAUACUUGUUGGAAAAUGUUCACAUUUAUCUUAUAUUGGAUUAGACCUUAGUUUUGAGAUUAAUCGAUUGGCAGCUCCUUCAUUACGUACGGCACUUCAAGCGAAUUUUGACAAUAUUUUAGAAAGCAUUAAAUUGAGAAAUUCGGAAGAACGAUGGACACCGUUCUCACUUGAUUCUGACCAGAAUUUAAUCCGUUUCUUGGAAGAGAUGUCCGAUAUUGGUUUUCAAAUGGAAUGGGCAAUUUGUCGAGAAUCGCCGUCUCCAGAUUACAAGUAUAGAUACGCUCUUAAUGUUUCUCAGAAUGUUUGUAUGUUUGCUCGGAUUGCUCUUCAGCUGAGUAGGGAUUUGGCUUUAUUAAAUAGUUCUCCGCAUUUGCAACAAAUUUCCAAUGCAUUUAUCUGUGAAAUUUGGAAUUUAGAAUUGUCUCAUUUAACUUCAACAAUGCAUCCCUCUAUUGUGCAUCAUUGUUCAAGUCGUUUUAUUAUUUCACAGGUUCUUCCUCUAUGCGAGCAAGUACUGCAAUGCGGAGAUGAUUCUGAAGGAGUUCUUUAUGAAAUUCUUCAUAAGAAGUUUUCUCAUCUAGUUCAUUUUCAAAGAAGGCCCAGCAAUCUUUACCCACAAGAUGAAGAAACAGAUGAUCACAAUGUAUUGGAGUAAGCAGAUGAAAAAAUUGUUUAAAUAAUUAUUAAAAAUAUAAUUUAUUAAAAAUUAAAUACUGAGGAGAGUAAAUUUCUAUAAUUUUAGGGAUCUGGUUUAAAAAAUAAAAUAAUUUAAUAAUAGGAAUUUAAAGAUUGAAGGUAAAUUCUAGUUCUUUCUCCAUUGCUCGGAGUUUUUCUUAUCCUUAGUAGUUGCCUUUGUGCCGCCAAUAUGCUUUUUGUCCACUUUAUUGAAAAGAACGAUUAAUAGGCGAAAAAAUGCAUAUGAAUUGCCUUGCGAUGAGUGUUUUUUUUUGAAAAUUAUUGUUAGCGC